AGUCUUGCAACCGCUGGCAAAUGCUGCACUUCGCCCCAUGGUGCUGGUUCCUGCUGGCCAACUGCCUUCUUGCUGGAGCGGAGCCAGUUCAAUGCCAGGAGUAUCAGGGCCCUCACAACAAGACAUGCGUCCUGCACCUUGCCAAGCUUACAGCCCGCUGGGAUCUGCCAGGAAGGACAACCUGCAUGACCUUGUGGGCAAGCAAAGUCCCGUCAUCCUGGAGUGGGACGGCGAUGUCAUUUUGCCGGCGGGGCAUAGACAGAGCUUCACCGUCAACAGCCUGGUCUUCAACGUCGCUGGCACCAUCACCUUGGAAAAAGGCUCCAGCUUUUUCCACACUGGUGACCUGAGGAUUUCAGCCAACGGCUUCCGCUUCGCAGGGCUCGUGAGCGUCCGCGCCCGGGCGUUGACGCUGAGCCACGAGAACUGCCAGCAGGGCAUGGAGGGAGACGGCUUCCAACUGCAAGCCUUCCAGAAGUUGAUCCUGUCGUGUCCUGGUGGCAGCGUGAACUUCACCGGUGCAGAGUUCUAUACCACGAUGAUCCCCGCAGCCGUGCUGUCCAUACGCGCCAAGAGCGUGUAUUUGGAGGACACCCAGACAAUGCUGAAGUCCUUUGCGGUGCAGCUCUGGGCGGAGGAGGAGUUACAUCUGAGAGCUGAGCCUGGAGAGGACAGCACUUUGAUGGUGCACGGGAAGAAGGUGAUCCUGGGAUGGAAGGGGGGCAGCUGGAUCCUUCAGAAGAUGACAGUUGUUGGUGGAUCGGUGCAAUUUGCUCCAGAUCAUCGGGUGGAGGUAAGAAAGACUCGCACCUGCAGGAACCAGUAUCUAUUGCAGAGAGACCCCUGCGAGGAAUUCCUCAACGAUGACCAAGGACUAGUGCCUGAAGCCUUGGAAAACCAUAGUGUUGAUUUCGCCAUUCUGGCAGAAGGUCCUUUGGACAUCGGGCCUCGUGUACGGCUCGUUGGGGCAGCACCCUUCCUUUGCUCAGGCUCCGCUUUGACCAUCCAAAAGAUGGCGGUGAUCAGCAGCGAUGGGCGAGGCUGCCAUGCAGGCGAAGGACGGAGCCGAGGAGAGACGAGGCAAUUCACCCUGCGGUGUGGCAGUGCGGGCGGGUCCAACAUCGGUCAGGGCGGAAGCGGCGCCGUCCUGACCAAACAGGGUCUCACAGCAUGUGCGAAGCCCGGACGCAUCACGAGGCACUUCGAUUUCUCUGAGACGGCGCUGCCAAUGGCGGGUGCCGCUGGGGGAGGCUGUGCAGUGCCGCAGGCUCAAUGCAAGACCGCCAUGUCAGCGCUCACCACGCCUGUGUCGUCAGGUGGUGGAUUGGUCUGGCUCUCGGCCCAUACCAUCAUCCUAUAUGGUGGUGUUCGUAUCUCAGCUUCAGGGCUCAAUGGUGGUAUCCUGCGCUAUGCUUCGUGGACCCUGGCCUCUGGGGGUGGUGCUGGUGGGCACAUCAUUGCCAUCAGCAACCGCUUCGACUUCCUCUGCGGCAAUGACGCAGUCAGUGGCAAUGACGCAGUCAGUGGAACCCUGGAGUGCGAAGUGCCGCGACUCAUUGCCAGAGGUGGACAUGCUCAGUGCAUUGCGAAGUCGCCAGCUGUGGGAGGUGCGGGUGGUGGUGGAUUCAUCGGCUUGAAACGCAACAAUACCAGCGUUCACGAGAUUGAGUUGGAUGUGGCAGGAGGUCAGCUGACCACCGGCUGCGCGGAUGCCCUGCCGCAGAAAGGGCGCAAUUUGAUCAUUGGGCGCCCCGGCUUGGCGACCUCUUUGGUGCCAUGCCAGGAAGGCCACGCAGGGCCUUUUUGCUUGCCAUGUCCAGUGGGUAGCUGGGGAGACGGAGAAAAUCCUUGCCGACCAUGCGACAACAAGGAAGGUUUCGCUGUGUAUUCAGCAGAUGCAUGGCCCAACAGCUCUUGUCUCUACGAAUGUGAUCUCGGCCUGCCGGAUGUGAAGAUCAACCCCAAGUGCCUCAACAACAUGGACUUUUCCAUGAGUUGUUUCGGUGGACGGGUGGGCUUCGCCACCACCUUGGCGUGUCCGCUGAUCAUCUUCAUCUUGGCGCGCGGCAUCCAUUGGUUGCGCCGCCGUUCCCAGCGCGGCGCCCGCGGCGGCUGUGCUCCCAGAGGGCACGGCCGAGAUCGGUUGGGCCAUUUUCAGGUGGAGCAGCUACCGAAACACAUCUGCAGGAUCCAUUGGCAAGGCCGAAACUCCAAUGACUCCCCAUGGAAGAUCAGCGACGCUGACGCGCUGAUCUCCUGCCACCCGGGGCUACAGCAGGCGGCCAGCACCAAGGCUUGGAAGGAGCUGGUGGAGCAGCUGCGCGAGGUGGUGAAAGUGCCAUGGUGGGAGCCGAACUGUCUCUUUGUGGUGUGGCUGGUGAGCCUGCAAUUGUACCAACUCCUGUCCGUGGCCUUCCGCGUGCGUCGUGCCAAGCAGGUCAGCAAGCUUUGCUGCAACGAGGCACUUUGGGCCAGCUCCAAGGCCCAUGCGUUGCGCUUCGGCUGCGACGACGCGGCCAUCGCGGGGCACCUGGAUAUCUUCGAUCUGACCAGGUCCCUGGUGGAUUGGGCACCUGCGGAUGCUGAGCAGUUGUUUGUGGCGCGGGGCUUGGGAACCUGGGAAGCGCCAUUUGAGCUCAACGUGGCGGAUCCUUUGUUGCUGGGUUUGGCACAAACCCCACAGCCAGUUGCUGCCCAUGCCCAGGCCGCUCAGGCCAUCUAUUCCUUGAUUUGCACCUUCAACCUCUUCAGUCGCCUGGUUCCACACUCUGAACUGAUGUCAGCGGGUGCGUACCCGCCUGCGCUGCAGUUGCUGGAUCGUGAGGUGCGCCGCUGCAGCCUCCGCAUGGGCCAGGCCGCGGCGGUGCAGGUGCUGCGCCUGACAGCGCCCGCGGCGCGGCGCGGGAUCAGCGAGGCCGACGGCACCGCGGGGUCGGUGAGGGCGUCCUUCAAUGAGUUGGUCCGACAGAUUCCAGUGGCGGAAGAAAACUCUGUCGCGACGACGACCACCGAUGUGGACUGGAAGCUCUGCCUGGUCUUCCCACAUGGGGAUUCAGGCGACACUGAGAUGGUGCGAAAUGUCCAGGGCCUGCUUGUGGCCCCAGCGGAGCUAAGCAACCUGCAAGGGGAGCGACAGGCAUCCGGCUACAGUGGCAUGUUGGAUUUGACCAGUGGGAGCACGGGAAGCAGCACGUCGCUGUUGAAGGAGGAGGAAGGCAGUGCAUCUGUGGGAGAGUGGAUACGAAGGAGGGUGGACCAUCUAAAGUUUCAGAUGCUGUCGCCCUGGGUUUGCUCCAUACAGAGCCAAAUCCUGGCAUUUCUGGUCUCGGUCCUGUUCCUGACCUUGAUCUUGCUGGAUGGCAUGGUUUGCGCCCUGGUGGCGUACAGCCUUUGGAGACUCUGCGGCAGGGGGGCCUUUUGUCUCUGGCUGCUUCUGCCGACACCUUUCGCUCCGGCGCUCUCCACUGCUGUGGGUCUUGCAUCCGUGCUAAUGCAUCAGCCCAGCCGCCUGCACUCCCAACUGGCCCUGCGGAGUGCACUGAACACCUGCUUGGCGGGGCUAUCGUAUCUGCUGCAGGCCCAUGCCCGAGCGCAACCAUUGCUCUGCCUCUCCCUUUUUUUGAACCUGGCGACCUCUUAUGCCGCGGCGGUGUACGCCAGCCUUGAGGCUUUUGCGCGAGACGUGGCUAUAGCCGAGGAUAGUGGGAAUGCCUCACUGCGCGGGCAGGUGCAGUGCGAGCCGAUGCAUGAGAGGUCCCGUGGUCAAGAUAGAUCGGAGAUAGCCAUGACGGUGUUCCACGCCAAUGCUGCGCCGAGUCCGACUGCUAGCAAUGGAGUGACAAACCUGCGUGCCAGGUUGUCAACCUAUGAGUCGGAGGCGGAGAGUGUGAAUACUGCCAGUCCAUUCUAACUUCAGUUGGUCUUGAAGGCGAAUCACUGAGAGCAGCUCUCCUCUUCGCAGAAGUUGCGCCGAAGACUCCUCCGCUGGGCGACGCUGUGGGCCACAACACGACGAGUUCCUGGCCAUGCCCGGUCACACGGCCGCCCGCUGAAGCACGACUUGACCACCGCACGACUCAGAGCACGAAGACAAAAA